AUUUUUGUUGUAAUUUUCCAUAUUUGGAAUUGUUGCUGGGAUCAGAGCGAAGGGGAGGGAUGUAGGAGGGAAGAUUUGGUGGGGUUUGCAGUAGACUCCUGCCAGAAGCUGUGGAGUGUGCAACCCUGGGGCUUUGAGGUUUGGAGGACACAUUUCUGCUCGCUGCCUCUCGGCCCCUUCUCACUGGUUCAAAGCCAUGUCUAACCCAAGCUGGCUGCUCCCAAAGGAUGUCGAUACCUCUGGUCAUGUGUCAGCCAGGAUGGAGACCAUGACUUCAAUCACCAACCCCAGUAUCUCUGUAUCGACUCAACAAGCGCCCAAGAAGUUUGCACCUGUGGUCGCACCAAAGCCCAAGUAUAACCCUUACAAGCCAAAUGGGCAUCCCAGGGCUCAGGUGGUUGCUGAAGGAGAGUUUCCUCCACCUCCUCCGAGUGUCGAAGGACUCAGCCAGAUCCCUGCGGAGUUUCCCCCUCCACCCAAAUUGGACCCGAAUGAAUCGAGUAUAUCUUCUGAUGUGCAGUUGGGGAAGAAGAGCCUGGAGGAAAGACGCUCGAGUCUGGACGCAGAGAUCGAUUCACUGACCAGCAUCCUGGCCGAUCUCGAGAGCAGUUCGCCGUACCAGCCUCGGCCUCGCCAGAGCCAUGGAGUCUCGAGCAGCACCCCAUCAGGCAUCCAAGGUCCGGUCACCACCGCCGCCCACAGUCCUGUGAUCGGGCACCAGAGGAUGGUCAUUCCCGCCCAACCACUACUGACCGCCACCAAGAAGGCAGCUGGCAAGCCUCAGACUCCUCCGAGCGUGAGCCCUGCUCUCGCUGCGAAGAUCCCGGCACAGCCUGUGCCAGCCUCCUACACCACGGCCUCCACGUCCUCACAGCCUGCCUUCAACAUCCAGGUCAAAACUGCACAGCCCAAUCCCAACUUCUUGCCAGCAGGUGGCCACCCAACAGGCCCAGAGCUGGCCCCCGCUCCCCCUCUUCCUCCUCCUCCACUUCAGCAGCAGUACAACCAGCCACCUCGCUCCCUGGAGCCAGGCUACAGAGCUGCACCAGCAAGGCACCCCGACCCAGGCUAUGGUUACACCCCUUCGCCACCCCACUACCAAGACACCCAGCCGGUGGCACCAGGCUACAGAGGAGAGCCAGCCUACGGCACUCAGCAUCCCUGGAGGCCAGAGGUCGCCUACAGCCCCUCUGCUCCUGCACACAGUACCUAUCGUCAGCCUGGCCCCCCCAAGAAGCCAUACACCAUGGAACCUGCACCGGCAUUUCAACAGCCACCUAAGAAUGUCUACCAACCUUUGGCUCCUAUUUCAGCUCCAGCUCCAGCUCCGGUUCAAAAUCCAGUUCCAGCUUCGGCUCCUGCACCGAAUGUCCCUGUGGCCAGGCCAGAGGAUGAGUUGGACCGUCUCACAAAGAAGAUGUUGUAUGAUAUGGACCAUCCACCAUCUGAUGAUUACUUUGGCCAGUGUGUGCGCUGUGGGGAGAGUGUCAUUGGGGAUGGAGCCGGGUGUACCGCCAUGGACCAAGUCUUCCAUGUGGAUUGCUUCAGCUGCGUGACCUGUGGCCACAAGCUGCGAGGACAGGCUUUCUAUGCGGUGGAGAAGAAGUCUUACUGUGAGCCCUGCUACAUUAGCACUCUGGAGCAGUGUAGCGUCUGUUCUCAGCCUAUCAUGGAGCGUAUCCUUCGGGCCACGGGCCGGGCCUUUCACCCUCAGUGCUUCACCUGCGUGGUGUGUCAUCGCAGUCUGGACGGCAUCCCCUUCACUGUGGACUCCAGCAACCAGAUCCACUGCAUUCAGGACUUUCACAAGAAGUUCGCUCCACGCUGCUGUGUGUGUGCUGAGCCCAUCAUGCCCGCUGAAGGUCAAGAGGAGACGGUGCGCAUCGUGGCUCUCGACCGCGAUUUCCAUGUCCAAUGUUAUCGCUGUGAGGACUGUGGCAUCCUGCUCUCAGACGGUGACACACAAGGAUGUUACCCCCUGGAUGGACACAUCUACUGUAAAUCCUGCAACGCCAGGUGCAUCCAGCUUCUGUCCGCCAAGGCCACCACUGACCUGUGAGCCCACUGACCAGCAGGACCUCUGCAUCCUGCUGGGGCCAACAAUCUUACCAAAGAUAUUCCAGCAGCGCAUUCUUUACGCUUUCACCUUCUGAUGAUCUUUGCUCGCGCUGUCUGCUAGUCCGAGGGCUCUCACUGGCCAGAGCUAUCAUUGUAUAGGACAGGCACAGUUAAACAGCUAAACAAAUGGGGAGCAGUAGUCAGGCAGAUGAACAAACCCUGCCAAGUCUCGUUGUGGGACCUUCAUCCACAUGCACCAACCCUCUCUGUAGAUUGCCAUUGACAUUCAGUGUCUCACGUUCUCUGUCUGUCUCUCUCUCCCUCUCUUGCCCCCUCUCCCCAUCACAACCCUCACCCCUCCCUCUCCCCCUCUUGCCCACUCUCCCCACCCCUCCCUCUCCCCCCCUCUCUGCCCUCUCUUCCAUGCUCACUAGGUUGAGCUGUUGACUGAACAGCAGUUGGAUAAAAAUGGGACCAAGCGUUCUUGCUUUGUGUUUGUACAGGAAGGAAUAAUAUUUACUUCUGGCUCUCAAUAAAUGACUAAAGUAACCUUUUUUUAGCUCUGGGUAUCUGCUUUGCAGUAAAACGAAAUAGCCAGACAUUGUAAAUAAGCAAAUGCAGAGGCAGCACUGAGAGUCCAAACUUGUUAAGAACAUUCUGGAAAGAGAGUUUCUGUGGAUUGUCAUGUGGAAAGUUGGGAGUAUCGGCUGCAGGGACGAUGCAGGGAGCUCAGUUGAGGCCAGGAUCUCGUUGUUUGACAGCUCUGGGCCUGUACUCAUUGGAGUUUCAAAGAAUGGGGGAUGGGGGAGAUCUAUUGAAUUUUGAAAGGCCUAGAUAGACCUUAAAACAUAGGAGCAGAAUUAGGCCAAUCAAUCCUUCAAGUCUGCUCAGCCAUUUCAUCAUAGCUGAUUUAGAACUUAGAGUACAGCACAGGGACAGGCAUUCGACCUACAAUAUCGUGCUGAGUCAGAUAAACAGCAGAUCAAAACCGCCCAACACUAAUCCUUCCUACCUAUACCAUGUCGAUAUCCCUCUAUCCUCCCUACAUCCAUGUGCCUAUCCAAAUGUCUUCUCUCAUUGGACUAAUAGUAAUUCCUGGAUAUACUUAACAAAUACUGCCCCAUCUAAAUUCCUUGUACUAAGAAGGUCCCAGUUUAUAUUAGGGAAGUUGAAAUCCUAUUUAUUACAACCCUAUUUAUUAUCCCUCUCAACCCCAUUCACCUGCCUUCUCCCCAUAGCCUUUGACUCCCUGAUUAAUCAAGAACCUGGCAAACCCCACUUUAAAUAUACCCAAUGACUUACCCUACACUGCCGCCUGUGGCAAUGAAUUCCACACAUCCACCACCCUCUGGCUAAAGAAAUUCCUCCUCAUCUCUGUUCUAAAUGGACGUCCCUCUAUUUUGAAGCUGUGCCAGCUGGUCCUAGACUCCCCAUUAUAGGAAACAUCCUCUCCAUGUCCUCUAAGCCUUUAAAUAUUUGAUAGAUUUUAAUGAAAUCCCCCUCUUUCAUCUAAACUCCAGCGAGUAUAGGCCCAGAUUCAUCAAAUGCUGCUCUUACAUUAUCCCUAGAUCUUUCUGGUGAAUGCAGAUUUAUGGCGUAGGAACAUUUUCAGUAUUGUUCCGUGGUACUGCGAGCAAGGUGUGAAUGACCCCCCUCCCCUUUCCCUACUGAGUGAGAUCAUUGAAAUUCUGUAAUCUCCUCCUCUUCCUACACGUGAUGUGAUGGUUUGGGCCGACAGAAUUCAACCAAGAUCAGAUCCAAACUGGCAUCCCUGCACUGCAACACACACAAAAUGCUGGAGCAGCUUCAGAAUCUGUAGAAAUGACUCAACAGUCAGCGAUUGUUGCCACAGGUGCUGCCUGCCCUGCUGAGUUCCUUCAGCAUUUUGUGUGUGUUGUUCUGGAUUUCCAGAAUCUCUUGUCUUUAUAACUGCGUGCUGCUGCACUUUCCACUGUGAAUGGGGACCUCUAGAACAUAGAACAAUCCGGCAUUGUCCAGGCCCCUUGGCCGAAGAAGUUAUGCCGACCUUUUAGCCUACUCCAAGAUCACCCUAACCUUUCCUUCCCACAUAACCUUCCAUUUUCUUAUCAUCCAUGAGCCCCUUAAAUAUCCCGAAUGUAUCUGCCCCUCCACCAUCACAUUCCACUCACCGACCACUCUGUGUAAAAACCUUAGCUCUGACAGCCCCCCUGAACUUCCCUGCAAUCAUCUUAAUAUCAGACCCCCUUGUUCUCUGGCUGUCCACUCCUCUUAACAUUCGGCACAACUCCAUCAAGUCACCUGUUAUCUCCUUCAGUCCAGAAAGAAAAGCCCUAGCUUGCAUUGAGUAAAACUGGCCCUCAGUGAGAAGGGUUCAUACAUUUCCUGAAGAGUGGAAGCAAGAGCGCCAUCUUCAGUUUGUCUGGUUGAGGUCUGCGCUCAUUGCUAUGGAGUUCCUCCUAGUCGGAGUUACCACGCUGUGUCAGAUCUCUGCAACAACACUUCUCCGUGAAUAGUCCAAGUACUCAUUCUCCAGAACUUGCUCCAUCUCUUUCCUGUGACGUCACAUCACUGACAUAGGCACUGAAAUUUGCAGCAGUAUAUAAUGAUGAAAACUUUAAAGUACAAUCAGAAAUAUUUGAAAUCGAGUAAGUGCAAAAUGAGAACAAAAUAUUAAAAAAUAGUGAGGUAGAGCUCAUUGUCCAUUCAGAAAUCUGAUGGUGGAGGGGAGGAAGCUGUUCCUGAAACAUCGAGUGUGAGUCUUCAGGCUCCUGUACCUCCUCCUUCAUGAUAGCAAUGGGAAGAGGGGAUGUCCUGGGUGAGGGGGCUCCUUAAUGAUCGAUGCUGGGGAGGCGAGUGCCCAUGAUGGAACUGGCUAAGUUUACAGCUUUUUCCAAUCCUCUCUCCAGUACACGUGUAGAAAUUUGCAAGAGUCUUUAUGACACCCAAGUUUCUGCCCCAGCACUGAACGCUCCUGAUACAUACGCAGUGGGAGGAGGAGGUUACAAAGCUCAGCAGAUUAGACAGAUCACCCACAGGGAGCCCCUCAGGGACCUGAACUUUACAGAAAAACAAAUCCUUCUUCAUCAUUCGUGAUUGGAUUAUGCAAACUGAGUUAGUAUUGUAUUUGGAACGGGGAUAAUGCCAGCGUCACAAAGUAAUAAUGUUUAUUGAUUGUGUGUGUCUUACAUCAGAGCCUACAUCAGCAUGACCUCAGUCCAUUCAAACCAAGUAAAAAUACUUCCCAAUUCAAUUUAAAUCUGAUAAUAGCACCAGCUGACUCUGGCACACUUCACAGCUCUCUGUGGGUGACUGUCCAAUUCAUGGUUCUUCAUCAGACUUCUACAAAUCUAUUAAAGGACUACAAGUCAACCCACCACAUUCCCAAACCGUGCAGUAUAUAUAGUAUAAAAUCAUAACACACAGGAGCAGAAUUUGACCAUCGCGUCUGCUCCACCUUACAUUGUAGAUGAUUUACUAUCCCUCUCAACCCCAUUCUCCUGCCUUCACCCCAUAACCUUUGAUGUCCUGGCUAAUCAAGAACCCAUCAACCUGCUCUUUAAAUAUGCCCAAUGACUUGGCCUCCACAGCCGUCUGUGACAAUGAAUUUCACAGAUUCACCAUACCCUGGAUAAAGAAAUUCCUCCUUAUUCUUUAUUCUGAGGCUGUGCCCCCUGGUCCUAGACUCCCCCACUAUAGGAAAAACCCUCUCCAUUUCCACUUGGCCUAUCAAUAUUUGAUAGAUUUCAGUGAGACUCCACCCCCCCCUUCAUUCUCAUGAACCCCCUCUGGCCCCUCUCCAACACCAUCACAUCUUUGCUUAGAUCAUCAUCAGCAGCAUUAUGUGCCAUGUCAUAUGAUGUAGGUGAUCGUGGUCUCAUGACUAUGAUUAUUCUUGGAAAAUUUUUCUUCACAUGUAGUUUGACGUUGCUGCCUUCUGGCCAGAGCCCUUACAAGAUGGAUGACCAGUUAUUAUCGAUACUGGUGUCAGUGGUCACAGAACCAGCUGUUCUUGCGACCAUCCACCAGGGGAGGGGUGCUAAGCUGGUGUUACACGUUGACCAAGGUUGACCUGCAAGCUAAUGGAGGGAUGGAGUGGCUUUACACCUCUUUUGGUGGAGACGUAUCUCCAUCCUGCCACCCUUUUCUUAGGUAAUGUGCCCAAAACUGCUCACGAUACCCCAAAAUCUGCAAAUGUUGGAAAUCCAAGACAUCACACACAAAAUGCCGGAGGAACUCAGCAGGUCAAGCAGUGUCCAUGGAAAUGAAUAAACAGUUGACAAUUCAAGCUGAAACCAUUGAUCACGAUACUCCAAGUGUAGUCUGACCAAUGCCUUAUAAAGGCUCAGCAUUAUAUCCCUGCUUUUCCACACUGAUCCUCCGGGAAAACAUGGCAUUUGCUCUCCUCACCACCAACCGAACCUGCAAGUUAACCUUGAGGGAAUCUGCACAAGGACUCCCUUUGCACCUCAUAUUUUUGAAUUUUCUAUCUAUUUAGAUGCCAGUUUUGUAAACCAUUCCUGUUCCUCAUACCUUGGGAUGCCAACACGUAUCAGGACAUUUUCUGAUCAUUCCAAACAUUCUUUUUUUUUCCUGAUUUUUCAACAUACUACACAGGCUGGAGGCACCAUUGUCAGUUAUGUACUUUAGAAGCUCUGACAUAAUUUUCUGAAAGUAUCUCCCUGAGUGCCAAACCAGCAAGGAGCAGAAUCCCAAUCCCUGCAGGCUCACUAAAACCUUACAGUGUAGAAACAGGGCCCCCAACUCGAAAUGACAGUGUAGAAACAGGGCCCCCAACUCGAAAUGACAAUGUAGAAACAGGGCCCCCAACUCGAAAUGACAGGGUAGAAACAGGGCCCCCAACUCGUAAUGACAAUGUAGAAACAGGGCCCCCAACUCGAAAUGACAGUGUAGAAACAGGGCCCCCAACUCACCUGCCCGUAAUGACCAUGUAGAAACAGGCCCCCAACUCACCUGCCCGUAAUGACCAUGUAGAAACAGGCCCCCAACUCACCUGCCUGUAAUGACCAUGUAGAAACAGGCCCCCAACUCACCUGUCCGUAAUGACCAUGUAGAAACAGGCCCCCAACUCACCUGUCCGUAAUGACCAUGUAGAAACAGGCCCCCAACUCACCUGUCCGUAAUGACCAUGUAGAAACAGGCCCCCAACUCACCUGUCCGUAAUGACCAUGUAGAAACAGGCCCCCAACUCACCUGUCCGUAAUGACCAUGUAGAAACAGGCCCCCAACUCACCUGUCCGUAAUGACCAUGUAGAAACAGGCCCCCAACUCACCUGUCCGUAAUGACCAUGUAGAAACAGGCCCCCAACUCACCUGUCCGUAAUGACCAUGUAGAAACAGGCCCCCAACUCACCUGUCCGUAAUGACCAUGUAGAAUCAGGCCCCCAACUCACCUGUCCGUAAUGACCAUGCAGAAACAGGCCCCCAACUCACCUGCCUGUAAUGACCAUGCAGAAACAGGCCCCCAACUCACCUGUCUGUAAUGACCAUGCAGAAACAGGCCCCCAACUCACCUGUCCGUAAUGACCAUGCAGAAACAGGCCCACGGCCGUUACUCAUGUGACUGUACACAAUACUCCUCCUUUUGAACAACUCAAACAUGGUGCCCCAGCCUGUGAAAACAAGCCUACCAAAUGCUUUCUUAUCACCCUAUGUACCUGCGUCUCAAAUUUCAGACUACUAUGGACAUACAUCCCGAAGUCUCUAUCGAAUAUAGGACAUUACAGCACAGUCCAGCCCCUUUGGCCCAUGACGUUGUGCCGACCUUGUAAUGGACUCUAAGAUCAAUCUAACCUUCCCUUCCUAUAUAACACAACAUUUUUCUAUCAUCCAUGUUGCUAUCUGUGAGUCUCUUCAAUGUUUCUGAUGUAUCUGCCUCCAGCACCAGUCCUGGAAGUGCAUUCCAGACACUCGCCACUUUUCAUAUAAAAAACUUACCUAAUGACAAACCGCCCUUUAAUUUCCUCCAAUCGCCUUAAAAUUAAACCCCGCUGAAUAAGCCAUUACCAUCCUGAGGAAAAGUCUCCGGCUGUCCCACGGAAAGUGUGGGUUUUCCUGCAGUUUCCACCCACAGUCCGAUGACAUACGGUUAGUAAGUUCAUGGAUCGUUGUAAAUUCCCCGUGGUUAGUUACGGUUAAGUCAGGGAGUUGCUGGGUGGCGGCCUGGAGAGGCAGGAAGACCUGCUCCACGCUGUAUUUCAAAAGGUAACUAGCAGUGGGGUAGGAACUGCUGGGUCUGAGCUCCCACUAGCGGAGCACGUUUGAUCCUCUGCCUGAUGAAUCUCUCCUACUUUCUUUACUAUAUUCAGACCCCUCCAAUUACUCUGGGAGUUGGUGCAUGUGAGAAAUGCUGGGUUAUUGGUAUCUACGUAAUAAAAUGGCAGUUGUUUGCUGCGACAAUCAUUAUAUAAAUGGGUGGGUCUGCGGGAGGCCGUGCCCUUGGCUGUCUGCUCCGCUCACUCAUCUUGUCUGAACUCAACAUGCUGUGGUCACUAUGGCUUCAUUCUGCCCCCUGCUGGUCUGCAGCAUCUCUGUGCUCCUGAACUCACUGGGCAGUGACUGCAGACUGUGCAAAAUCACUGUCCAGAAACUACACACAGUGAGUUCAGUGCCCACUGACUGUACACAGUGAAAUCAGUGCCCAUUGAUUGUACACAGAGUGAAUUCAGUUCACACUGACUGUACAUGCAGUGAAUUCAGUUCCCAUUGACUGUAUACACAGUGAAUUCAGUUCCACUGACUGUAUGCACUGUGAAUUCAGUUCACACUGACUGUACACACAGUGAAAUCAGUGCCCACUGACUGUACCCACUUUGAAAUCGGUGCCACUGACCAUGCAUACAGUGAAUUCAGCGCCCACUGACUAUGCACAUAGUGAAUUCAGUUCCCAGUGACUGUACAGACAGUGAAACCAGUGCCCAAUGACUGUACACACAGUGAAUUCAGUGAUCAGUGAUGGCAUGCAUAGUGAAAUCACUUCCCAGUGACUCCAUACACUAUGAAAUCACUGUCCAGUGACUGCACAGUGUCAAAUCACUACUCAUUUACUGCACACAAUGAAAUCACUGCCCAGUGACUGCACACACUAUGAAAUCGCUCCCCAACGACUGCAAACUGUCAAAUCAGUGCCCAGUGACUACACAAUUAGUGAAAUUACUGUCCAGUGACUGCACACUGUUAAAUCAAUGCCCAGUGACUAUGGAAUUAGUGAAAUCAGUGUCCGGUGAUUGCACAAUCAGUGCCUUGUCACUGUACUGUGAAUCCAGUGCCCAGCGACUGCAUAUCUGUCAAAUCAGUACACAGUCACUGCAGUCAGUGAAUUCAGUGCCUAGUGACUUACAUUAGGUGAUAAAUCAAUCAGUUUACAAGUUUUGCUUCAGGAAUGUGACAUACACUGGGUUCUGUUAUUGGGCCCUCAGUAACGCUAGACCUGACCAUAGUGACUUUUGCCUGAACCUGUUGUGUUGACUUCAGUUACAGCUUCUCAAUAAACAUUAUUGCUUUAACUAAAUAUUAAUGCCUAAAACACUUUAUAAGCACAAUUACUACAUUUAUAUAUCUCUAAUCAGCUGUGAUUAUGUGAAACUGAUCAGUGGGAGGGUAUAGAGGGGAAGCAGUCUGCGCGCAGUUCCAGCUUCAGACCGAGGCUCUGUAGUUGUCACUUAUAACAUCUUUAAUACCACAUUAAACAUUUCUGAACAACUAGCACCUUGCACCAAAUUGCACAGUUAGCUGGAGCUAAAUUUGUUUUAUUAUAUGCUUCAAGUUUAUUCACCUUGAGACGGAAGGUAGCCGAGACAGUGACCUGCAUCAACGCACAAACUGACGUGGGGACUCAGGAGUCAAGCAGCGCCUAUGGAGGGAAAGACACUGACCAUGUUUCAGAUAACAUAUUGUGACCCAAAACUUCAACAUCCCCACAAACAAACUCAGAAUCGGAAUCAGGUUUAAUAUCGUUUGUUGUUUUGCGACAGCAGUACAUUGUAAUGUGUAAUAAUAAGACUCUAAAUUACAAUUAGAAAAAAAAUUAAAUUAAAUAUGUAGUGCAAAAAAGGAGCAAUACAAAGAAUAAGUAGUGAGGUAGUGUUCAUGGGUUUAUUGUCCAUUCAGAAAUCUGAUGGCGGAGGGGAAGAGGCUGUUCCUGAAACAUCGAGUGUGUGUCUUCAGGCUCCUGCACCUCCUCCCUGAUGGUAGCAAUGAGAAGAGAACAUGCUCUGGGUGAUGGGGUUCUUAACGAUGGAUGCCUCCUUUCUGAGGUGUUUCUUUUGAAGAUGUCCUGGUUACUGGACCCACUGAGUUCCUCCCGCAGAGUGUGCGUUGCUAAGUUUGAGCUUGUCAGGGUACAGGGUUUUAAUCCGAGGUACGAGUGAAGCUCAGAGAGCUGGUCAUCUUUAGUCCAAUGCUACACAGCAGCUCAUGAUUUCAGACUGUUCAUUGUCAUUUCCUGACGAUGACUGAGGUCAAGCCAGUGUCAGGAGAGUGCCAGUUAUCACAGAGAAGCAACAGAGUGGAGGUGAAAUGUGAUCCAGAUGAGAUGGUUGAUAUUUUUACUGAAAAUGAAACACUUUAUAUAAAGCACUUAAAGUAAUGUCUUUUGCUUUGCCAUUCACUAGUGACUGUAUUAAUUCAUCAUAAAACAACAUGUUUAUUUGCAAUGCUUUUCUACUUUUGAUUCUGAGGGGCUAGGAAUUCCAGUCCAGCUUGGUCCCUGAUGUUUUGCUAUGAGAUUUCUAUUCACAAUAAAAGUUUACCUGCAAUCACAAA